AUGAUCUUCCUCUCCGUUAUGAAUGACCAAAAGUACAUGGAUGCGUACGACCACGACAUCUCGAAGCGUAGGGCAGAUUUCAUCCACAAAGUUGCCCAAGUACGACAUUUAAUGCAAGAGUUAGGACAUGACGCCGUUGUUCUAAGCCUCGUUGCUAAUUUUGCUUGGAUCACAAGUGGAGCUCGCAAUUACGUUUUUAUGGCUACGGAAAGUGGCGCAGGGUCAAUUUACGUGGAUAGUACUCGUAUAAUAGUAUUAACGAACGAAAUUGAAGGCCAUAAAUUGGUACACGAGGAGAUGCGAGGACUUGAACAAGAUGUUACACUUGUAACAGAUCCAUGGUAUGCUCAACGCAGUCAUCUCGACGUAGCGUUAGAACUUGCUAACAGUGACAAAGUCGUUGUUGACGCUACUAAUGGGCUACUUGCUGGUCGUCUUGCUGAGCUCCGAUCGACGUUGACACUGUAUGAAAUGGAGGUUUUUCGGAAGCUCGGGAAGGACUGUGGUGAAAUUAUUGGCGAAGUAGCUCGUGCUGUACGCCCUAAUAUGACAGAAUGGGACAUUGCAGCCCACCUUUCUGCUAAAAUGUGGGCUCGUGCCAUCACACCCGUAGUCAUGCUCGUUGCUGCAGAUGAGCGUGUCGACACUAUCCGCCAUCCAUUGCCGACCAAAAAGCGUGUAAAAAACAAGGCAAUGCUCGUUAUUUGCGGUCAGCGCGCUGGGUUAAUUGCUUCCACCACUCGACUAGUGUACAUCACGAUAAAUUCAAAUGUAGGCAUUCCAGACGAUCUUGUGAAACGUCACAACGCUGCUACCUACGUGGAUGCUGCACUGAUUGCCAAUACGAGCACUGCUGGUGUAAAAGCUGGGGAGAUGCUCAAAAUAGCUCAAGAUGCGUAUGCUGCCAUGGGAUACGAGGGCGAGUGGCAAUUUCAUCAUCAAGGAGGUUGCGCUGCAUACAAAAGCCGUGAAUGGGUGGCAAAUCCAUCGAUUAAUCGAGUCACGGGCUUAAAUCAAGCAUAUGCGUGGAAUCCAUCCAUUGCUGGCACAAAGUCUGAGGAUACAGUGCUCUGUUACGCUAAUACACAGGGUACACCAGUUGUCGAAGUAAUUACUGCUUCUCCAGAUUGGCCAAUGAUUGAACACACUAUCGGAGAGAUUACGAUUGCUCGCCCGAACAUCUUGCAUCUUCAGUUUUAA